AAGGUCUUUUUGGAGAGAAUUCGGACUUGUACCUUGAUGAAAUAUGCACAUGGCUUGCAUUUGAGCACGAUAUGUCCUUCUGCGCUCUCUCGCAAUCUCAAAGAAGCUAGCCUGGCGCGAAGAGUUCUACAAAAGCUCGCUAUUAAACGUGACGAAACUCGUCGACAGGAAUUCAAGAAUAGCCUUCAAAAUCACUUCAUCGGUGAUGGCUUCGAGUGCGUUGUCCUUGACGAAACGAGCAAGAAC